CCACCCUCACUCAAAUUCCCUACUCUGUCCAUUGUCUUCUUCCAUCCGCCUCGAAGCAGGGUUCAUUGUCCGAAGCGGAACCCUAAAUCAAAUGGACGAUGAUAGAUUGAAUUCUCCUAGCUCAUCUGCUGUUACACUUGAGGUUUUAGGCCACCGACUACACAUAGCUCAGGAUCCGAACUCCAAGCAUCUCGGCACUACUGUUUGGGAUGCGUCAAUGGUAUUUGUGAAAUAUCUGGAAAAGAAUUGCAGAAAAGGGAGGUUUAGCCCAUCUAAAUUGAAAGGAAAACGUGUGAUUGAAUUAGGGGCAGGUUGUGGUUUAGCUGGGCUUGGAAUGGCCCUACUAGGAUGUGAUGUAAUUACGACAGACCAAGUUGAGGUUCUGCCGUUGCUUAUGAGAAAUGUGGAGCGUAAUACUUCUUGGAUUUUGCAGGCAAAUUCAGAUUCAGCUCCUUUUGGCUCAAUUUCGGUUGCGGAGCUGGACUGGGGAAAUAAAGAGCACAUUAAAUCUGUUGGACCUCCAUUUGAUUACAUUAUUGGCACUGAUGUUGUUUAUUCAGAGCAUUUACUGGAACCACUAAUGCAGACAAUUUUGGCAUUAUCGGGACCUAGAACAUCAAUACUGUUAGGUUAUGAGAUCCGUUCCACCACAGUCCAUGAACAAAUGAUGCAGAUGUGGAAGAAUAAUUUUAUAGUGAAGAGCAUCCCGAAAUCAAAGAUGGAUAACAAGUAUCAACACCCAAGUAUACAAUUAUUCAUGAUGGAACCGAAAGCUCAACAGAAAUGUGGAGACGAUACAUGUACUCCAAGCGAGGUAUCAGAGUGCGGCCGCGGAAGCGACGAGGGCAAUGAGAGUGGCGAGGCAGAAAGCGAGAAGGAAGGUACUGCUGCGAACCCAAUAGUCAAUGGAAAGCCUGUGGGAUCGGAAAAGAGAGAGCUCGACGAUUGGGAAAUUAGAAGAUACGGCGCUAUGGUUGCAAGGCUUAUGCAAGAUAUUAAGAUCACAUGAAAUCGUCGGCUAUUUUCUUUGUGUGGCAAAUUUUAAACAAACUGAGGGUAAUUAAUCUGUUGUCAGCCUUGCAAUUAUCUAUGGAUUUGUUUCCCAAUUGAAGAAAGUGGAUUAAUAGCUCAAAGCUGCUUGUUGUAAUUUCUCAAGAGACUAUCAUUUGGAUUAUGCCAAUUUCUCCCUUGGUUUUGUUUAGAUUGAGAUGCUGAUCAAACUUUCGAAA